GACCAGUCAAGUCUCGCAGCGACGUUAAUGGUGGUUUGGGACUUGGUGUUGACACUUCGGCUGGUGUUGCGCUAACACCGGGGCUGCUGCCCCCCCAGUGAUUCGGGUAUCUUUGUUCGGCACCGAAGACAGUCGCGCCCGUCGCCAGGCUCGAGCGAGCCGCGGAGCUCGACAGAGAUAAGGACAAUUCAGCUCUCGGCUCACGCGAACCCGACUAGAUUCCUUUCCGAUAGCAUCACUUUUCCGUCGCGGCGGCGAGGUAGCGCCACUCCGGCUAGCGCGUUAGCCAAACAAAGUUGCAGGUGAAUUGCUUGAGGCGGCUAAUGAAGGCGACUUGCCCCCCCCCCCGGGCCGAGCCCCCGGCUCCAGGCGAGGCUGUGAGAUGAAGCACGAGGACCACUCGGUUAGCAUUGGCCAUGGCAAGAGUGGAGCAUGGAGAUGGGGCCAUGAAGGAUCCUGUGAUAACUUAGGAAAAACUCCCACCAUUGUACAUUUCAACCAGUUAAGAGUGCUUCAAGGACGCGAGUGGGUGGUACUCCUAAGCCGGCGAUGUCACGGGUUCCCACCCCUCCUCCUCCAGGGGAGAUGUCAAGUGGACCUGUGGCAGAGAGCUGGUGUUACACACAGGUCAAAGUCGUGAAGUUUUCCUACAUGUGGACCAUAAACAACUUUAGCUUUUGCCGAGAAGAAAUGGGCGAGGUGUUGAAAAGCUCCACUUUCUCCUCUGGUCCAAAUGACAAAAUGAAAUGGUGUCUGCGGGUCAAUCCAAAGGGACUUGAUGACGAAAGCAAAGACUAUCUGUCACUGUAUUUACUCCUUGUUAGUUGUCCAAAAAGUGAAGUCAGAGCAAAGUUCAAGUUUUCUUUGUUGAAUGCUAAACGCGAGGAGACAAAAGCGAUGGAAAGCCAAAGAGCAUACAGGUUUGUCCAAGGUAAAGACUGGGGCUUCAAAAAGUUUAUUAGGAGAGAUUUCCUCCUCGAUGAAGCCAAUGGACUCUUACCAGAUGACAAGCUCACCCUCUUCUGUGAGGUCAGCGUUGUCCAGGACUCGGUUAACAUUUCGGGCCAGUCCAACAUGAACAUGCUGAAGGUGCCGGAGUGCCAGCUGUCCGACGACCUCGGGAAUCUGUGGGAGUGUUCGCGCUUCACCGACUGCAGCCUUUAUGUGGGGGGGCAGGAGUUCAAAGCCCACAAGUCCAUCCUUGCAGCGAGGUCUCCGGUCUUUAAUGCAAUGUUUGAACAUGAAAUGGAAGAAAGUAAAAAGAACCGCGUGGACAUCAGUGACGUGGACCCAGAUGUCUUUAAGGAAAUGAUGGGCUUCAUCUAUACAGGAAAAGCCCCGAACCUGGAGAAGAUGGCAGACAAUUUGCUGGCAGCUGCAGAUAAAUACGCUUUGGAGCGUUUAAAGGUCAUGUGCGAAGAGGCCCUGUGCAACAGCCUCUCGGUGGAGAAUGUGGCCGACACCCUCAUCCUAGCAGACUUGCACAGUGCCGAGCAGCUCAAAGCACAAGCCAUAGAUUUUAUCAACAGGUGCAGUGUCCUGAGACAGCUGGGCUGUAAAGAUGGAAAGAACUGGAAUAGCAAUCAUGCUACAGACAUAAUGGAGACUGCGGGCUGGAAGUCAAUGAUCCAGUCGCAUCCUCACUUGGUUGCCGAGGCCUUCCGCGCCCUGGCUUCAGCACAGUGCCCACCCUUUGGUCUUCCCAGGAAGCGUCUAAAACAGUCCUGACUGCCCGACUGUGCCCCAGGACUUUACUGGAGGUGUGAAGCAUGGGUUGACAAAGGAAGGACUAGCGAGGAUACCACUCUUAUUUCCACCAAAACUGAACACACUUGAAUACAGGAAGAGUGGCGCUUUCUGGCCAGGAGUGUGGGGAAGGCCGGCACGUUGGACGACUGACAUCAACGGAUUGGGGGUGGGGGGGAGGGGGGCGGUUCAAUCGGUGUUGCUUGCUUGCGUUGCUUUCCGAACUGAAUUCUGUUCAGCUCGGGGAGCAAGUCGAGCUGUCUGCUACUGUUUUUCUCCCCCUGUAAUUUGAAAAAAAAAUGGCCUUAAUAUGUCUGCCAUUGCUCUGGAGCUGCUCCAGAGUACUUUGUCUAUUUUACUCUGUGCCUGCCUUGUCACAAAGACCAGGCCUCCUCCAGGUUGCACUAGUUCCCAUGAAUAGUCAUUUUGAUAUGGAGUUCUGUAGGAACGUAACAAAGGUUUAACUAAAUGGGAAAUAUAUAUAUUUGUAAUGUUUAGCCCGUUUUGUGACUAGACAUUAAAAAGCAUGAACACUUUCAGUGCAAGGUCAGUUCUUUACACUUUUUAAAAGAUGUGUAUGCCCCAUAUUGAUGGCACCAUUUCUAUGUAAAUGACAGUUGAACCAUCUUCAAAAGACCAGUGUACUAGGAAAGUCUGUUCAAUUGCAUACUUGUGGGGAAAUUAGUAAUCUGCCAUUAUGAAGACCCAGUGUCAAUCUGAAUAAUCCACGUAAGACAGGAACGUGUCUGUACCUUGGCCCUAAUAUAUUAAAUCAUUGGAAGCAUAUGGAAGUAUUUACUCCGUCUCCCAUUUGAAUGGCAUAUUCCAGAUCAUACGUCUGUGGACUGUAAUAGAUUUAAAUCUUUACGAAUUGUUUUCCUUAAUAUUGCCAACUUGCAAAUAUAUAUCCUCAAUAUAUUGUGGUUAACUAAAAAGUGGAGAGACUAAUGCAUGGUCAUGUUAUUGUCAAAGAAAGUGUCCAAUUUUGUUUUUAACAAUUUAUUUUCUGCAAUUACCUGACAUCUUUGUGCAGAAUGAAUUGAGUAUGUGCAAAAAAAUUUCCUCUAACAUGCUUGGGUAUUUGUAGGAUGCUGAGCAUCACUUCUACUGGCAAUGUUAUUCUGUGUUCGAACGGGGAGGGGCGGCGGGGUGGGGGGGUCGUCAUGUUUAUUCAGUCCGUCUUGUAUGUAGUGUGGUGUGACAGACACUUCAGAGGAUUUUGUAAAUUAAAAGAGUAGCAUCAUUUUUACAUGAUACUACUCGCCGUUCAGCGUCACGUUGAGACAACCUUUUUGUUCGGAAGCAAAAAGAUGAUGAAGUUGUUGUCUGCAAGAAUGCCUGCAUUAACCCAUUAAAACAUUUUCCAGCAGUC